AUGGGAGCUGCAGGAGGACUUGCUGUUGCACCCUGUGUUGCCUUGCUCCUCCUACAGACAGUGGCCCUGAGUCCAGAGAGAUUCACAGUGACUGGAUUGACUAGGCCAGUCUUGGCUCCAUUGGGUGGAACGCUUGAACUCAGUUGUCAGUUGUCCCCACCACAAGAUGCACAGCACAUGGAGAUUCGCUGGUUCAGGAACCGCUAUACACAGCCUGUGCACCUGUACAGGGAUGGUGAAGACCUGCAUGGAGAAACCAUCCCCAAGUAUGUGGAGCGGACUGAACUGCUGAAAGAAGACAUUGGAGAAGGGAAAGUGACCCUCAGGAUCUUUAACGUGACUGUUGAUGAUGAUGGACCAUACCGCUGUGUCUUCAAAAAUGGUGAAUUCUAUGAAGAGCACAUCACAGAGGUCAAGGUUACAGCUGGGAGCUCCCAGAUUCAGAUUAUUGUCCAUCCUCCUACUACCAAAGGUGUGAUAGUGGAGUGUCACUCCAAAGGUUGGUUCCCACGGCCUCACUUGGAAUGGAGAGAUAGCAGAGGAGAGAUCGUUCCAGCUAAAUCAAAAUCCUAUUCACGGGAUAAAGACAAAUUGUUCAAUAUGAAGAUGACCCUUCUCCUUCAAGACAGCUCCCUCAGGAACAUCACUUGUUGCCUUUGGAACCCUCUAAUAGGCCAAGAGGAAAGCACAAGCAUUGUUCUACCAGAUGAAAUAUUCUCUUGGAAACGUAUUUGGAGGUUGAUUGUGACUGUAAUUCUUAUUAUGAUGGCAGUCUUCAUCAUAACUCACAGUUGUAAACUGCAUAUCAUGGAAGUCUUCGUUUCAGAUGCGCAGUUUGACGUGGAUACUAUGUGGUUGGAUGACAUGACUAUGAUCCUGAGCAUGCUCAUGGUGUUUACUGUCAUGCUUAUUUUCUCUCUCUACUUCAUACUAAGAGGUAGACAUAUGAAAGAAAGCAGAGCAAGUUUAUUUUUGAAAAAUUGCAGUAUGUGCAAAUAAGAAUGGAACUUGAAGGUUUGGCCAAGAAAACCAUGGCCCUGAAGAUGCUGGAGUCAUUAGACAACGGAGAAUUACCUUGAAUGCAUCUCAGUAAUAGGCCACACCCCACACAUCACCGACUGAGGGUAUUAACUCACAGAAGUGUUUUAGAAGAAAUCUUCAGGGUAACCUGUGAACCCAGGGAUAUAAGAGUAAAUAUCCUUACUUCCAUUAGUCCAGGCACAUAGAGACCUCUGCAGACAUUAUACAAGAGGGUGUACUUAUUAUUUGAGCUAGCAACAUUCUUUGGUGCCACACAUGUGAUGCUGUUUGGGGCACUGUUACAUUAAGUUUUCCUACGAAGAUGUGAACAUCUAUACACUCCAUAUUGAGCAUCAGGCACAGGCCAAAUAAAAAUUCCACCCAAGUCCAACUUGGUGAGGCACUGAGAUUAUUGGUACUUGAGGAACAUGAGUAGUAGGCUGCUCACAAGUCCAUGAGUGGUCCCUGAGCAGCUUCAUCACAGCAAAUUCCAUUAAUGACAACCUCAUGAAUGUUGCAUUAACUAGCCCCUAUUCAGUUAAAUUUUCCUUUCUUGUAUAUUCUAGUGUCUCCCAAGACUAUUGUAGCAAGGAUGUGGUAGGAAUGAAGGAGGUAUAGGUACAAUCUCAGAUAAAAAGCCUCCUUCCUACGUCUACUGCUGAAUGUCAACAUCAGUACCAGCACCACAGACUUUGCGACCCUCUGUAUUGUCCAGGUGGGAUCUCUCAGUUUCCUGACCCAGUCACCUGCUAUAUUACUUCUCUGUCUAUACAUCAAGGACCCCACACAUCCCUGAAACCAUAAUCAAAAAUAAAGAUUCUUUUGUAAGUCACUUUAGAUUGUGGCAUUUUAUCACAGUAAUCAAAAGUAACU